UUAAUUUCGAUGAAGAAAAGAUUAAAGAUAAAAAUGUAUUAACUGAAGAUGCUGAAUUAGAUAAUCAAGUAAAAUUUACAGUGAGUAACAUUCACAUCAUUACUAACACUGCACAAAAGCUGCCAGUUAAAUUAGAAUUUCGUAAUCCUUAUCUUCUUCUCAUAGCUGGACAACGUGAAAAAACAAAAAUACCAGAAUAUUUCAUUUUAGCAGGAACUGAGAAG